AUGACACAACAACAAGAAGAAAAGUAUAUACAAAAGAAACGAAGUCAAACACAAAAUAUCAGAAAUUCAACACAAUUUACUCUCAUUCCUGGAACAAAAGUUCGUGUAGUUCUUGACGACAAACCGUUGACAAAGAAACGUUUAAGGUUAAGUCGAAAUUAUUAUAUCGUAGACUCUACACAAGGUAAUGGAUAUCUUAUAAAAGCUGCUGACGACUCCAUAGCAUUUUACCCUUGUCAUAAAUUAGUUGAAAGUAGUAAUGGCAAACUUGCUGAAACCAUUGACGAAGCAAAGCGAGGAGUGGUUAUUGAAAUACUUGGCUAUAACACAAACGAUGACACUUAUAAAGUAAGAUAUGAAGGAGGCGUUGAAGAUGUUAUACCAUCUAAGAACUUGAGAGAGUCGAAGCCAACACAUCUGGGACCAUUAGAGCGGGAGUACUGGAAAGAUAAAAACAUGCCAGAAAGAAUAAGAAAAUUCUUCUAA